CGUUGCACGAGGGCAACCACGCGCGCCAAAACCGAAGCCCGUGCGGCGAGCGUUCCGAGUUUCCGACGACCGACAUCACGUUGUUGGUAAACAACGUACGCUCUCGAUAGCCGUGCCUGUCAUCUCCUGCCUGCAUUUAGAUAUACACUUAUAUGAAGUUUCCCGUGAAUGGAGGAUUUACGAUGUCGCAACACGGAGCCGCUCUGCAAACGUAUAAUCAGGAGCUCGUCAAAUGUUUAGAAGAGAUGAAGCUAAGGCGAUCGGAACUCCAAGCUCAGAUAGAAUCUCAGGAUGAAGAGAAGAACAACUUACAUCGCGAAAUCGAGAAGAUGUCAUGUAAACUUACGCAAUUGAACGAUAGCUUAGCAAAAAGGAUCGCAGUCAGAAACGAAUACGACAGAACUAUUGCCGACACCGAAGCUGCAUAUGUGAAGAUUCUAGAGAGUUCCCAAUUAUUGCUUAAUAUGAUUAAAAAAGAAGCCGUGAGUCUGGAUCAGACGUUAAUUAAAACCAAUAUCGAUAAGCAGCAAUACCAAUAAUAAGAUAUAAAUUAGAACUCGAUAAAAAAUUUGUGAGGGACCAGAUAUUUAGAAAAUGUAUUUAUUAAAUUA